AGGAUCAUGAUGAAACCUGAAGACUGAGGUGGCACCUCCUCCAAAACAAGAACCUUUGAACACUGUGACACUUUGCUGUUUGUCUUUAUUGCUUUUUUCUCCUCCCUUCUUUCAAUUACUUAUAACAUCCUCCCCCACUUUUGUUCACAUUCCCCUUCUCUUUCUUUUUCUUUUUUUUUACAACAGAUUAGCUCUGCAUUAGAAACAAAGAAGCAAAGGUAGUUUUAUAAGAAACUAGUGCUUUUAACCAUCUUUUGACAGUUUUGAUGAAUAAUAUCUGCAUUGUGCCUCCCUGAAGCUGCAGUGAGAUGAUAAAAACAGCAGGUCUCAGCCUCCAUCAAUCCCAUGAACAUACAGAUACACAGAUAUAAGCAGCUUAAGGAAUGGAGGAAUGUACUGGCACCUGCUUGUCCCCAGCAAACCACAGUGUUCUUGUGUGAGGGGCGACCUGAAGGAUUACAGCAAGAAUUUCAAUUUCACAGUCUUUAGCCCUGAGCUUGAACCCACAGGCAGGCUAGCAAACUCCAAACGGCGGCGGUAAAAAUAUCUGUUCUGGAACCUACUUGUGUUGCAUUCAUAAUUUUAAUGAUGUUCUGCUUCAGCAAUGUGUGGAAAUAAUUAGUAUUGGCUGCUGGAUUGUGGAAUAAUACUGUGAGGCAGUUGGAAGGCCAUGAUGUUUUGAUACCUGCUUAUUAGACAACUUCAGUUGCCUAUUCUGUAUUUUGAGAUCGCUUGUAUUCUACCCGCCUGCCAAAAUGAUGGAAGAAGUGUCUAUCUCUGUUGCUUAUGAUGCCCACAUUAUUGACCAAAUGUCAGAGGAGGAGAUCCUGGCUAGUCUAGUGGUGGAGUCUCUACCGAAACAAGUGGUGCCAUCUAAAAAGCCAAAAUUAAGAGAUAACCAAUUGCAGCAAGAAGACCCACUCGACAGGUAUGAGAGAGAAAACCUCAAGCUUCAGGAAACCAGUUUGCGUCUGGAGCAGGAAAAUGAUGACCUUGCACAAAAACUUGUCACCAGCAAGAUUGCGCUGAGGAAUGCUUUAGAUCAGACCGAGGACCAGGUGGAUGAAUUAACCAAGGAGCUUUUAAAAACCAAACAGCUUCUGAAGAUUACAGAGGAGGAGAAAAGGGGAAAGGAGGAGGAGGCUUCACAGCUGAAAGAGAUGUUUAGGAGAGAGCUGGACAAAGCAGAAUCAGACAUUAAGAGAUCAAACAACAUCAUCGCAGACUACAAGCAGAUUUGCUCCCAACUGAACACAAAACUUGAACACCAGAAAGCUCAAGCAGACAAAGAGCUGGCAGUUAUCAAGAGCAAGAUGAUGGAGUGUGAGCGGUGCAGACACAUCUUUAGUACGGAUGGAUCAAUUCAGCUGUGCUCUGAGAGUGAAGAUACCUCUGCUCAGGAGGAAGUGAAGGCCUCUCUCAGAGAACAGGUCCAAGAGUUAGAGAGAGAGCUAGUCCAGGCCAAGCUACAAAUGGUGGAGUCCAAAUGCAAGAUCCAAGAGUUGGAGCACCAAAAUGCAGUUGUGACGACUGAACUUCAGGCUGCUAAGAACACAUGGCUCAGAAAAACUCUGGGCUCUUUCAGGACAGUUGCCAGCAGCCAUCAGAGCUCCUCUCAAACAGAUUCUGCCUGGAACCCCACAAAUAACCCCCAUUCCAGCUGGGUCACCAGAAGGCUCUCCUGGGCCCAUCGAGAAGGGAGAGCAGCCAAAGUAUGAAAAGGAGUAGCAUAGGCCUACUAGUGGAGAAGGAAAGUAUUUCAUUAGAGCGCUCCUGAAAUAAGUCUCACAAAUGAUGAGAAGGCUAUUCUCUCAGACCUUAGGGCCAGUGACAUAGUCACAAUGUUAAGAGUCUUAAGAACUAGUCUGACCAACUAGCAGUUAGCCAAGGGGUGAUCUGAAAAGUCAAAUUAGACCAAUCUACCUUACAUAAAAAGUUAUGAUCAGUCUUAAAGAAAAAAAAUACAUGACUAACUUUUAAGACGAAUCUAAGCAGUUUAUGCAACUAGCCACAGAGGACAAUAUCCACCUCAUUUUUAAUGCAAGGUCAAAUUUGAUGUGUCUGGCUUCUGGUGUCAUCCGCUUCCAGUUAUUUUUAGCUGUACAAAACAGCUUGUUAUGCUGCUUGAUAUUGCAAACUGGUGUUUUUAUUCCAUAUUAUUUUAAUGUAAUUAUAAACACACUGGUUUCUAGCACUUUGUUAUUCUUCUAGUUAUUUACCUAUAGUGGCUAAUGAACCAGAAGUCUCACACAUUCACAGAAAAUAGCUUACUUCUGCAUUGCAAAAUAAGGUGGAUAGAUCUGUAUGGUUGUAAACAGUGGAAAUGAGAGGAUUUUUUAAAGAAUGGCUGAUAGCAGUAAGAAAUAUCUGCACAUCUAGAGAUGAGUGUAACAUAUCAGUUACUUAAGGCAAUC